GGGAAAAUAAACCCCGCCCCGGAACAGCGUUAUGAAAGUGCUGUACGAUACAAUGUGACGGAUGUGUUUUACUUGUCCUUGUUAUCAACAAAGCUGUUACAUGGUGACAAAAGGACGCGAGUUAAGUGAUGGAGUACGGAAAAGAGAGGGUUGUGGCGUUAGUGGACAUGGACUGCUUCUACGUGCAAGUGGAGCAGAGACUGAACGCUGCCCUGAAGAAUACACCUUGUGUGGUGGCUCAGUAUAAGACCUGGAAAGGAGGAGGCAUCAUAGCCGUGAGCUACGAGGCCAGGGCCCACGGUGUCACCAGAAACAUGUGGGUGGACGACGCCAAGAAGCUGUGCCCGGACCUCCAAGUUGCCCGGGUGCCCGAAUCUCACGGCAAGGCUGACCUGACCCAUUACAGGGAGGCCAGCGUGGAGGUGAUCGAGGUCAUGUCUCGCUUUGCCGUGAUUGAGCGGGCCAGUAUUGACGAGGCGUACAUGGACUUGACGGCGGCGGUCCAGCAGCGGCUUAAAGACGGGGCGGACAAGCAUAUGGAGGCUCAUCUGCUGAGGACCACCUAUGUCCAGGGUUACCCGCACAGUUUACCUGAAGGACAGGAAGCAGCUGAUGAGGAUGCCGUUACAGAUAAAGAGAAGCAGAGGUCCUCAGGUGUCCAGCAGUGGUUAGCAUCCAUACCUACCAACAACUGCGCAGAGCUCCAGCUCACCACGGGGGCCCUCAUUGUGGAGGAAAUGAGGGCGGCUGUGGAGCAACACACAAGCUUCAGCUGUUCAGCUGGCAUCUCGCACAACAAAGUGCUGGCUAAACUGGCGUGUGGUUUGAACAAACCUAACCGACAGACGAUAUUGCCGCUGGAUUCUGUGACGGAACUUUUCAACACUCUGCCCAUUAGCAAGAUACGUAACCUGGGAGGCAAACUGGGGGCGUCCAUCACGGCACACCUGCAAGUGGAGAACAUGGGGGAGCUGACUCGCUUCUCUCAAGCCCAACUGGGGAAGCACUUUGGCGAGAAAACAGGGCAGUGGCUGUACGACCUGUGCCGCGGGGUGGAGUUCGAAGCCGUGAAACCGAGGCAGCUGCCCAAGUCCAUCGGCUGCAGUAAAAACUUCCCUGGGAAGACGUCGCUCGUUACAAAAGAGCAGGUGCAGCACUGGCUUCAUCAGCUGGCUCUGGAGUUGGAGGAGAGGCUGACCAAGGACAGAGAAGUGAACGGCCGAGUGGCGAAGUCGCUAACAGUCGGCGUGCGCCAGCUGGGCGACACCCGGCCCAGCGGCUUCUCCCGUUGUUGCGCCUUAGUCCGCUACGACGCCGCCAAGCUGUCCACUGACAGCUUCGCCAUCAUCAGGAGCCUCAACACGGCAGGAAACCAGCAGGCGGCGUGGACUCCACCCCUCACCCUGCUGCACCUCUCCGCCAGCAAGUUCAGUGGCACCCCUUCAGCAGCAGGGGGCAGCAUCGCCGACUUCUUCAGCGCUGACGUGACGUCCACUCCCACCCUGCCCUCCGGCAGUCCCGCCCCCCCCACUCACGCCACUCGCAGACCUCCGAGCGGCAUCCGGUCUUUCUUCCAAAAGAAGCCGAGACAAAACGAGGGCGAAGAGGCCGUUUGGACUCCGCCACCAUCCACUCCACGCUCCGACAUCGCCUCCUUCUUCCACAAGAAACGUGCUGAGAGAUGUUCGGAGGAGUCCAAACCGGAACCGACAGCGCUCCAAGAAACGCGAGCCGACGCCAUCGCACCGCAGCCUGCAUGUGAUGAGGAGGAAGACGUUGAAGAGGAAGACCGGCUGAAGUGUGAGCGCUGCGGUCAGGACGUGUCUGCGUGGGACAUGCCUGAACACCACGACUAUCACUUCGCCUUGGACUUGCACGACUCCUUCUCUUCUCCUGCAUCCUCCUCGGCCAGAGCAGGACCUCCGGCACCGGCCUCUCGGGGUAAAACAAAAACCAGAGGCCCUUCAGGACCUCACUCAAAAAGACCUCGCUCACAAGGCGGAACUGCUGGGACUCUCGACUCUUUUUUCCAAAAAAAUUGAUCUUUUAUUGUGAAAGUGCCUUUCGUAAUCAAAUAAAAACAUACUUUAUUCCUGGCUGUGAUUUAUUGUAAUGCA